AUGGGUAGUCGAGAGAAACGUGUCGAGACGGAGGAGAAAAGUGGAGAAAAGAACGUCGCACAAGCGAAGGAACCGUCGAACGAUUCUCCGGGAGGUGGACGUUACAACUUUCGCAGACGCGUUACAACAAUCAAGAAACCGGAAGACGUUGCCUCGACCUCGCGAGUCAAUGUGACUCCGAGAGGAAAGAAUUUCUCUGGUCUGCCUCGUCAUCUACAAGAACUAGUGCUCUUGAAGACCAACGUCGACAUGCGAUUGCAACUCCUUCAAACCAACAAACAGCUGCUGAAAUGGACACGUGAAGAAGGACUGUUCCCUCGUGAUUUAGAGAAGCUUUCGCUCCACUACGGCACAACCUGGCUCACGACACGCGACCUGCGAUUGCACGAGUUGAAAGGAAAACGCAGGGGCUUGAUCAAGUCGACGCGGACUACUCGUAUACUGGAGGUGCAAUUCGAGUAUGGUGACUUCGAGAUGCGCACUGCGUUGCCACGCCUGGUCAAGGUGUUUGAUGCAAGGGUCUACCUGGCGACUUUUGAAAAGUUUCGCACAACUUUUCUGGACACGUCUUUCAAAAUCCGCCGCGCAUUACAUUUUGAGUUUGCGUUUUCCCAAACGGAGGUGAACAUCGCUGCGCAAGAUGUCAAAAGUGUGCUCCAGUUUGUUGACCAACACAAUGGCGGUAUCAAGUUCAUCGACUUUGACAAUUUCCCGUUGAAAAAAGUGUUUGAUUGGUUGAAGACGCAGCGCUUUCGUUUCGCAAGUUUUGUGAUUGCCGAUUUUGAGUUUCCUACGUUUGAAGAGGCGCUCAACUUGGUGCUUAAGGAUGGAGUGCCAGGUGUGGACGAUAACCCAAUCCUGGCUUUACGCAUUUUCGACGCAAAUGCCUAUAUGAGUCGAAUCACGAGAAUCAUCUCCGACAAAAAGCCGAUCACCGUCUCUCAAACGACCGCGAUUUAUCAACAAUUCCGUGGUGCACUUCACGAUGCGCCUGAAUCAAUGCAGCCCUGGGUUAUGAACGAAGAGACUCUCGGUUUCAAGCAACAGUUCAACAAGGAAAAGAAUCUCGUCUAUCUCGUAAAUCAAGAAGAUGACGACCUUUGUCUGCUGAUCAAAUUUGAGCCAAUUGUU